GGAGAUAAAAGGGAGACCAGGGCCAGCUGGAAGUUGCUGAAAGCUGCCGGGGCCCGGAGCGAGGGAGGACGGCAGCGAGGAGAAGGCCAGGGUCCAGGAUGGGGCUGCUGGUGCUGGCCCUGGCCACCUGGCUGGGGCUGGGGCUGGCCUCGGCCUCUGAGGAGAUGGCCAACAGCAGCCGGAUCUGCCAGGAGGCGCCGGCAUGGACCAUCAAUGGCUCGAGCCCCAUGGAGGGGGCGGCAGGGCAGGUGACGGUGGUGGCCCUGCUGAAGGCCAGCUGACAGUUCUGCCUGAGGCAGGCCCACAGCCUCGGGGGCCUGCGGGAGCGGCUGGCCCGGCAGGGCACGGCCGAUGUCCGCUACAUGAUCGUCAACGAGAAGGCGCCGCUGUCCCGCGCCAUGCUGCCCGAGCUGCAGCGCCAUGCCCCGCCCGGCGUCCCCGUCUUCCAGCCCGAGCGGGAGGACCCUGACGUCUGGCAGGUCCUGGGGGGUGACAAGGACGACUUCCUUGUUUAUGACCGGUGUGGCCGCCUGGCUUUCCACAUCCAGUUGCCCUUCAGCUUCCUCCACUUCCCCUAUGUGGAGGCAGCCAUCCGCUCCAGCCACAUCAAGGACUUCUGUGGCAACUGCUCCCUGUACCCCAACACUACCCAGGAGGCUAACAGCACCAUGGAGGGCUUUGCAACCCCGAGCUCCCUUCCUGAACAUGAGGGGAUGGAGUCAGAGACCCCUGUCCACCAGCACAAGCCCCUCCAUCCUCAUCGCCACCACGAGGUCAACAGCGAGAGGGACACAAACCCAAGUGAGGACCACAAACCUGCUACCCAUGCUCACCACCACCAUGGAGACCAUGGCCAGCUCCAUCACAAAGGGAGGAAGCAGAAGGAGGGGGAUGAGCAUUAAACCAGGCUGGGCAGCCUUGCAGAACCCAGUAGUGUGCAGAUGACCCCAGCUCACUUCACAGAGGCAUGGAAGGACUUGCUUUGGGCUGCUGGUCACCAGCAGCACUGGUUUAACAACUUCCUCCAGCAUACCUCAUGUGGGCUGUCCUCCUACGCUGUGAUAGGGAUGGAAAUUCCCCUUGGACCCUGCUCAGUGCUGCGUUUUCAGCCCCAGGGCUCAGUUCUGAGCCUUCAUCUGCCACUGCCUGCCUUUCUGUGCUCAAUGAAGCCCGCUGUGCAAACCAGGAGGUCCCUGGUCACUGCUGGCUGACACCGCACAGAGAAGCGGGGCGGGGCUGGAGGGGCCAGAGCUGGGAUGGGAGCAGCGCUGCCGGCAUCCUCUGCCAGAGCUGGGAUGGGAGCAGCGCUGCCGGCAUCCUCUGCCAGAGCUGGGAUGGGAGCAGCGCUGCCGGCACCCUCUGCCAGAGCUGGGAUGGGAGCAGCGCUGCCGGCACCCUCUGCCCAUCCAGACACCCCUGGGUUUGCUGGAAUCCCCGAGUUUCCUGGCCAGGGAGCGAGGGGAGGGACAGCGUGUGCCCGGCAGGACGCGGUCCGGGGGACUGAGGGCACGAAGAGCGGUGGGAUGUGGCAGCUCGCCAUGGUCCAAGCUGUAGCCCCGUGUCUGACCGUGCGCUCGGGUGUGUGCAGCGGUGCUGGUGGCCGCAAGAUGGUGGCCUUGUCCCCUCCUGGAGACCCAGGGCCGAAGCAAUGGCACCGCUCGGGGAGGGCUGGGUGACCGCGCUGAGGGGUGAGCGGGGCGGGAGGGCAGCGCGGACAUCCGGAGUGCGAAUAAAACCUCUGUGAAGUGA